AUGUCGGAUUCUCUAUUAUUUACAAAAAAAAUAACUUCAUUUUGUAAUUUUCGUAGAAAUGUACUGUCAAAGUAUGACAAUAAUAAUUUGUGUGAUCAAAAUGUAAUUAUAUUAAUUGAUAAAAAAAUAAAAAAUGAAAGUAAAAAUGUAAAUUUUAGUGAAACAAAUGAUGAAAUAAGUAUACCAUAUAAUCUUAUUAGUGAAUGUUAUAUAUAUGGAAUAAAUUUAAAUGUUGAUAUAUUUAUUUUAAAAAAUUUGAAUAUUGUCUUUUUUAAUCAAAAUGUUAUAAAUAUAUAUAACCCUUUAAUAAAAGGAUUAAAAAUUAUAUUUACUAAAGACGAUUAUAUUAUAUCAUGUUCGGCAUUACUCAAUGAAACUCUUUUUGUGGUUCUCUAUGGAGCAUCAUGGAAUUCAUGCGUGCAAGUAUAUUCUCUAGAAAGUCAAACACAAACUGAUGAAAUAAUUUUAAUGGAUUGUAAUUAUUACGAAAAGAUUUACAUGCAACAAGAAAAAAAUUAUAUUAUUUUGAUAACAAACAAAAAUGUGUUAAAAGUUUUGGACUGUAAAUCGAAGACCUUUAUUUUUAGCAUUUUUAUUCAUCAUGAUUAUGCUUACAUAGACCAAUAUAACAACUUUUUUCUAAUAUUGAGGAAAGCAAAAUUAUACUUGUGGAAUUUAGAGAAUACAUACACAGGACUUAAGAUAAUUGAGAAUCAUUUAGAAAUCGAACAAAAUGUGGGCAUCAAUUGUUUCUGUUCUUAUAAAAACACAAUUUUUAUUGGAACCUCAAAUGGAGCGAUAUACUUAUAUCAGAAUUUGUUAGUCAAAAAAGAAAUUAAAUUUAAAGACUUUGAUGAAAGCAAUAAAAAAAGUAUUAGCUAUAUCCACUAUUACAGUAAUUAUAUAACGACACAAGAUGAGGAUUCUGUUAAGUUAUGGAAUUGCCAUUUUUCCCUUGAGGACGUUUGUCAAGAUUCAACUCUUUAUAUGUCUUUAGAAAAGGAAAUAAAAAUAAAAAUAAAUAUUAGUAAAAUAAUAGGACAAGGAAAUUUAUAUCUAAUAGUGGAUAAAAAAAAUAACAGUAUAUAUACAUGUGAAAAAAAUAACUAUGAUGAUAUAGGAAUAUUAUACAACGAUCAUAAUAGUCAAAUUAAAAAUAUCUAUUGCUUUAAAAAUAAUGUGUUUAGUUUCAGUUAUAAUGGAAAGAUAUAUAAUUAUAAAAAUGAAAAUAAUAUUGAAAGAAAUUUUUGUUUAUAUAAGUUCAAAAGUUAUAUAUCAUGUAUAAAAUUUUUAUAUAAGGAUAUAGACAAUUUUAUUUAUUUUUGUAUUGGCUUUAAUAAUGGUGUUAUUAAAAUUAUAAAGAUGAAAUAUUUAUAUUUAGAUAUUAUUUAUUCAUUAAAAGUAAGUAAUUAUCCUAUUAUAAAAAUUGAAAAAAGUUUAAAUUCUGAUUAUAUAUGUAUACUAUCUGAAGAUGAACCAUAUAUUUUUUUUUUAUGUAAAAUGGGGGAUCUAUAUAAGCCAUUAUAUUACUUUAAAAUUAUAGAGAUGAAUCUAAAAAAUUGUUUUUAUUUUUCUCAUGUUAAUAGUUUUUAUAUUUUAUCGGAUUCAAAUUUAUUCUUUAAAAUUAAACUUACACAUUUAGAACAAAUUGCAAAGGAAAAAUACACAAACUUGCAAAACAUAGACGACUCAUUAAGUAAGCAGAAAUCUAUUAACGAUCCCGAUGAAUCAUAUUAUAUGGAUAUUCAAUAUGAAAUAAUCCAAAUAAAUUUUAGAGGAUACAAUUACGAAGGAAGGGGCAGCGAUAGUAGGAAGGCAAGCAAUAGGCAAAUGAAAAUUAAUAAAAAUAAAUCAAGGAUACAAAUAAAUGACAAUAUAAAUGAAAAUAAUGAAGAAAACAAAAAUGAAAAUACAUCCGAAGAUAUAGAUAAUGGAUAUGAAAAUUAUAAAUCGAAAAGUAUUGCUGAAACAGAUGAAGUUAGAGAGUAUGAUAAAGAAUAUAAUGUAGAGAUUUCGGGAAGUGAUAUGAGUGAUAGUACAUAUAAUAAAAUAAAUUUUUAUAAAGAAAAAAUUAAUUUAUCAAAAAAUUUAAAUGAAUUAAAAAUAAAUAAUGAUGAUAUAGAUAAUAAUGAAUAUAUGACUAAAAAAAAAAAUUUAGAAAAAUAUACUGAAAUAUUAUUUAAUAAUAUGACUUUAAAUAAAAUAGAGAAAAAAAGACAAGCAUUUUAUUCAAACUUUUUAACAAUAAAUUUUCAAAAAGAUAAAAUCAAGGAAGAUGAAAAAGAAGAUGCUGAAGAAGAUAAAAAAAAUAAAUAUAAUGAAAUAAAUAAAUAUGAAAUAAAAAUUAUGUGUGCCGAAAAGUUUAAUGAUAAAGGAUUAUUUAUCACUACAGGGGGUAUAAAAAAUAAUCGUAUAUACUUUUUGAAAAUCGAAGAAAAGAAUGAAGAUAUAGAAGAAAAAAGAAUUAAAAUUGUUAAACCCCAAAUUGUUUAUAAAUUAAGUAGAGAAAUAUUUCCAAUCAAACGAUAUAUAAAUAAGAUGAUAGUCAACGAAAGAAAUAAUUUAUUGUUCUGUCUGACAAAUAAUAAUGAACUUUUUAUUUUUUCCACUCAAUGUUUCUUUAUGUAUUAUUAUAUUAAGUUCCCAUUUAAUGAUAAAAUAAAAAAUAUAUUCAUCAACAAAAGUGACGAUAAUAAUCCAAUGUCCAAAACACAGUAUAUAUACGUUUGUCUACACAACAGAAUUAUGCAAUUGAACUUUUGCUAUCCCUUAUUACAUUUAUUUAACAUAAUAAAAAGAUAUAAAUUAAGUUUAAGUAAUUUCAUACAAAUUGUUAGCAAAGAAAAGGAGAUGGAAAAUUGUCAAAAAUCAAUUCGACAUUUUUUUUUCGAAUCAAUUCAUGAUUAUUUAAUAGAUAUAUUUUUAAAAGUGGGUCGAAAAAAAUGUAAUAACAUAAUCCCUUUCUCAUUUAAUCAGAUAAAUGAUGACAUAAAUUAUGUAUUUAAACUUUUGAGUGUAAAAAAUAUGUUAGAAAAAAGUCAAAUACAAAAUAGCGAAAAAGAUGAACAAACUGACACUAUUGAUGAUAUUUGGAAUUUUAUAAAAGCAAAUAAUAAUCAAAAAGAAAACAAAGAGAUAGAAGAAAGGAAAAAAAAAAUAGACUUAAUAUUAAGUUAUGAUCAAAAAGGUAUAAACACUCUCUUUAAUCUUAACAACAAUUUACAUGAUGAAGAUAUUAAAUAUAGUUUAAGAGAAACAAAAGAAAUGAAGGAAAAAGAAGAAAAUAUUAGAAAAGCUUUAAUAUAUAAAAAAAAUAUUAACAAAAAAAUAAAAAAAUUGAAAAAGGCAUAUAAAAAAUUGUUUAAAAAAAAAAAAUUUAUUAUAGACAUGGAUUAUGCAAAUUUGAUAUACACUAAUUUAAACAAAUAUAUAAAAAAAAUUAAAAAUAUGUUUAUAUAUAACCAACAAAUAUAUGAUCAGCAAAUUAAUUAUUUAUCUAAAAAAUAUUUAAGAAUAAAACAUUCUAACACCCCAUUAUACUCGUUAGAUAUUAAUAAUAAUGGCAUGCUAAUAAUUAGAUCUUUAAAUAUGUAUUUAAAAAAUGAGAGUAAUAAAAAUAUUAAAUCUUUUAAAAGAAAAAAAAUUAAAAAUAUUAUUGAAAAGGAAAAUGAUCAUACAAACUUAAUAACAGAAUUAAACCAAUCUAUUGAACAUUUUAAAAAAAUAAGACAUCAAAAUUCGAAACUCAAAGUAAUAAAUAAUCAUGCCAAAAUUGAAGAUAUAUGCAAUAAAAAAAAAAUUAUUAAAAUGUAUGAAAGUAUACUCUCACAUUUGGAAAAAGGGGAAAGUACCACAUUUCAAAAAACCAAUCGUGAUUCUCAGAGAAUAUCCAGCAUCGCAGAAAUAAUUAAGAUAUAUGAAGAAGACAAAAAAGAAUUAUUAAAUCAAAUAAACUUUAUCAAAGAUACAUUCAACAAAGAUUUUAAUGAGUUGAGGAAUAUAAUAUGCCAGAAAUUAUCCGAGGUGAAGGAAUACAUAUUAUCUCAACAAGAUAAUACGGAAGAUAUAACAAAAUUGUGCAAUACCGAAGAGAGCCAAGAUAUUUGUAAAAAAAGCAAAAAUAUUUCUCCUGAUGAAGAUAUAAAUAUAAAUGAAAUAAAAAAUGAAGGAUGCAAAAAACAGAUAGAUCAAAUUGAGUCAUGGGAAAUGCUUUUGGAAGUUGUAAAAGAUAUUUAUCCUAUAAAUAAAAGAGACAAUUCAAUAACGGUAUUGUGGAACUUAUCAAAUUCGUUAAGGGACCAAAUUUCAAAAACAUUUUUAGGAAGUAAUCAUAUAAAUAAUGAUAAUAUGAAGGAUAUAGCACAUUAUAUAAAUAAAGUAAUAAAAAAAUGUAAUAAAGAAAUUAAUCUUUUAUAUUUAAAAAAAAUUCAAGCCAUUAAACUUAUAAAGUACAUAUCUUUAAAAAUAGUUUCGAUUACGGAAAAAAAUAAAAUAUUGAUAGAAAUAAGAAAAAAAGAGCAAAAAUUAAAAAAGCAAAAAAGAAUAUAUGGUAAACAAAUAAAUCAAAUUGAAAAUGAUAAUAAAGCAUGUACUGAAGAGAUUAAAAUAUUAUUGGAAGAGCUUGAGAAUCACAACCAAAAGAAACAAAUGUGUGUCGAUAAAAUAAAACAACUCGCGAGGAAUGAAACGUCUGAAUGUAAUACAUUAACAAAAGAUCUAAAAGACAAGAAUGAUGAUGCGUCAAGUUGUGAUAAUACAGUAAAUUUGGACGAUAAAUCAGAUGAUGAAAAUACCACUAUGGAGAUAUAUAAUAAAGAAGAAAUUGAUGCUAUUAAAAAUGCAAAUAAGAAAACAUUGAAUAAUAUUAGCAAUAUUAUAAAAAAUAUAGAUAAUAAAAAAAAUGAACAAAGGAAAUUAUCACUUAAGAAAAAACGUAUGGAAAAAGAAAUCGAAGCAAUUAAUGAAGAAAUAUCUAUAAUUGAAGAUGAUAAAAAAAAGAAUAUAGCAGACAUAAAAUUUUAUAUUUCAUUAAAAAUUUCAAAAUUAAGAAAUAUUGAUUAUUUAUAUGACAAAAAAAAAUAUAGAUUAAAUUUAGCUAGUGAUUGUACUAUAGUAAGUGUUGAGCAAUAUAAAAAUAUAAUGAAAAAAAUGGAAAAAUUUGCAAGACAAAAAGAAAAACUUGUUCAAAUAUAUAAAAAAUUAAAACAUAACAACAAUGAAUUAGAAAAUACUAAUAAUAAAUUAUUUAAAAUGGUUCAUGAAAAAAAAAAGGCAUUAAAAAAUAAACUUAAAAAACAAGAUCUUGCCUUCGAUUUUAAUGAUUUGGAAAAAAAAUAUCAAGAAAAACAAAAAAAAGGAAUAUUAGAAAAAAUUAAAAAUAAAGAAAUACAAAGUAAUCAAACAAUAAAUUUUAUGAAUAAAGAAUUGAAUCAACAAAAUAUGUUACUUAAUAAUUUACGAAAGAGAAACACACAACUUCUUGUUAAAAUUACUGAGUACAUUGAAAUUUUAAAGCAGCUUAAAAUGGAGCAACCUUAG